UCUCCAGGCUGAACAGCCCCAGCUUUUUCAGCCUGUCCUCAUAGAAGAGGUGUUCCAUCCCUUGGAUCAUUCUUGUGGCCUUCCUAUGGAUGCACUUAAUAGGUACACAUCUCUCCUGUACUCAGGGCUCCAUAUCCAGACGUAGUACUCCAGGAACAGAUUGACUGAUUAUAUUUUCACUAAAAAUAUCAACUAAUAUAUGCAAUUUAUUUUUAAAGACAAUCAGAUUAAAGCCCCAAUUUAAAGCAGCUCUGUGCAUUCCUUGCCUUCCAUGAGUCAGAAUAUAACAGCACAUCUCUAUCUUCAGAAAAUGUGAACAUAAUCCCUAAAACAAGGUCUACUGCAACAAAAUGCUUAAAAAUUACUUAAACAACUAACUGCAUUUAUUUUUUAUGGCUAUCCUGGAAAAUGAGAGAUCAGGAAGAUGGCUAGAAAACAAAGAUGCGUGAAAUGAUGGAGCAAUUGAGAAACAGUAUUUAUUAAAAAGUUCAGACCUUAAACAUUUUAAAAUUCUUACUGUCAAGACAGCAAUUUAGGUGUAAACAAAGUCUGUAAAAUUCACUUAUUUACAAAGUUUGAAAACAUAUACAUCUCAGAACUAAGCACUUAUGACUAAGUAUUGGCUUAAUUUCUUAUUUUAUACAUAAUCACUCAGUAAAUGUAUUAUUGCAAGCACUGGUUACUAUUUGCAAGUAAUUCUAAUAUGGCAUAUCACAGUCUAUAUAUAUUCUGUAACUAAACUUCAUACUCACCAUUUACACCAUGCAAAACUCACUCAAAAUAAAUGUAAUCUAAAGCUAUGUUAUUAAAGUAUUAUCCUGAAUAAAGCUGAAACAAAAAUAAGAUUCAUUCUUAGAGCAAUUAACUGUACCAAACAGCCAUUUCAUUACUGUAUUAUGUGAAAGAAAAAAUCCAAGCCACUGAAAAAUGAUUACAGAAAGUCAAAACAGCUUCUUAAGACUAGUACAAAAUGCUGGUAUUACUUCACCUUAUUUUCUUUUUAGCAUCCAUCUCACUUGUACUAACAGUAAUGCACUGAAUUUCAAUUCUUUCUUUUGUAUCCCACCCCAAUGUCUACUGAGAUAUUCUUCAAUAUCAUAAACAUGCUUAUUCCCAUAGAAAUUCUGAACUCUGCAAGUGUCAAGAAUGAUUGCCAUUUCCUGGCAGAGUUAGUCAAUAUUUCAGAGCCUCGCUUGGUUGUUCCAGCUAGAAUAUUGUUAAGUGAAGUCAAUUCUGGUGUGGCACUACUCCUAAAUGUUGGUUAAGAUUCUUAGUAUCUUCAACUUGUUUAUAUAUCAGAAACAGCAGUUAUAUUACACUGGUACUAGAAACUUGUUCAGUAUAAGACAUUCACACAAACAAGUAUGUAUACAAACAUAAAGCAAACACGUUUAAAAGUUUUUAGUCCAAGAGAUAAAAAUAGCAAUUCCAUCUAUUACAUGUAGAUCUCUUGAAAAGUUUAGUUUACAUAUCUUAAGUAUUCUACGCUCCCAUAUCUUAAGUGCAUCCACGUUCUUAUUUUUGCUUUGCAUCAAACACAUAAAUCCCUGGUUAACUAUAUUUCCAAUUCCACUUAAUAUUUUAGCUCUGAAUCCAAUACUUACUCUUGUCAACACUGACUCCUCUGUUGGAAAAUGCAUGUUGGUUACUUCACAAGUAUUCAAAGGCACGAGUUACUCCACAAGUAUUCAAAGAACAGGUUAAAUAGACAAAUAUUAUCCAUAUAAUCCAAGCACAUAUAUCCAUAUAAAACACUCAAAAUUAUAGUAUUUUAUUCUGUAAGGGUCUUUCAGAGCUGGGCAUAUUUACCAGGAUUUAGGGGUUUGCUGAUAUAUCAGAAAUUCCAGAUCAAGUCACUGCAAAACUGUAUCUGGCCCAGUGUCUAUUUUCUUUUAGUACCUACUAUCUAAGUACUAGAAACCAGUUGUGAAUAGAGCAGUCCUUCCCUGAUUGAUAUUUCCACCUUCUAGUAAUUUGCAACUCAUCUGAUUUAUUGAGAAUGUAAGUUUUAUUACACUUACUUUGGAAUGACCUAACACACACACAACAGGAAAUGAACAUCUGAACAAUCCAUCAACAGCAAGACAGCCUAAAUCCAUUAUCUUAUUAGCAUGAAAACUGACAAAGAACAUAAAAAUACAAGAAACAUUAUCCAGACACUUCCUUUUAUUGGAAUACUGAAACAGUAUAAUGCACUAAUACUUUGUGUUAGUUGUAAGUAUUUCCUCAAUUUAAGCAGCAUUUCCAGCUCAUGUACAAUUUUUAAGUCAUCUCAAGAUGUGAGACACUUUUGCAGUAGCAACAUAGAUCACAGAAUGCCAACACUCCACAACACUGUUUAAAAUAAUAAAUUCCAGAUGGAGUGACAGAACGGAGACAGUACACCAUUCUGUGCACUGACUGGGAUUGUAUUUCAAAAGUGAAAAAAAAAAAAUCAAAGUUAUUCAGCCAUACUUUUUUCUUAAUACUUUCCUUACGCAUUUUACCACCAACCCAAAAAUAACAAUUAGUAUAAAAAACAGAAAAGUCAUCUGUCGAUUUUUGUAUUAAAAAAUGAACUCAUGCAAAUAACAAUCAACUAUUUUUAAAUAUGCAUGGACAACAGAUGACUCGGUUUAAAAAAAAAAAAAAGACAUUUUCUUAAGCAAAAAUACUUUCCAAAUAUAAACUCUCAAUCCCUCUAUACUGCAAAUAAUUUUCAUCAGAACAAUUUCAUUCAAUGGCACCUUCUUAUAGUUAAAAUGCAUUCUUUCUCAACUAGUGUAUAAUCUUACAAAGAAUGAGUAUGUAUGUUAUUAAGUCACCACUUACCAUCCUGAUGCUUCCACUUAAUUAAAACUCUGCCCAAAUAGGUGGCAGGUUGAAAUAAAUAAAUUAUCUGAAUUAAAAUUAAGAACAUAGAUCUUUGUUUUCAAUAUAGAAUACUUAAGUUCAGUGUGGGAAUAUAAGAAAAACUAUUCAGAGCAGUGGCUGUGAAGCAAGAUAAACAGCAUGAGAAAGCAACACCAAAAACUGAGGAUAUCUCUAGAAGAAGAGAAGAGCAAAAGGAACAGCCAAUGGUCUGAUUGGGUAAGCACCUGUAUGCAAGGCAUUGUGAAAUACUUUGUUCACAUGCAAAGGCAGAUAGGAAAGUUGUAAGGGCAGAUGGGAAAGCUCAAAAAGGAAUCUUGUAAAUGUAUAGAAGUUAUGUGAGAACCUGUAAUAAACAAUUUGGAUCAUUCACAUCUGAGUCCAUGCCUGAUUGCCACAAAUGGCACCCCAUAUCAGGGACUUGAAUGGUCUUAUUUGGCUGACUGCUGGCAAGCCCCACUCAACUUCAGUCUGCUGAAAGGAAGCACUACUGACCGUAUGGCAAUGUCAUCUCUGAGGAAGCAGCAGCUAGCAGUGGGGAACUAUGGAUGGGGAAAUGUCCAAGGAACGUAAAGCAGUUUACCAGCUGAUGGAGGGUGUUCUGCAGAAGCAUCGUGUGAAGUGGGAUGGUACUCUGAGUCACCCCUUUUUAAUACUGGAGUGGACUUGGGGAACUAUGGGGAGCUCAGUAAUGAAGGAGCAAAGAGUGAAUCCCGAAGUAUUAUGGAGAACUUUAAAAUUUCAGAAUCGAACUGUAUCUACCUCAGCAUUAGCUGCUUUUCUUAAAUGGGUAAGCAAAAAUGUCCCUGAGUUUCAGAAAGCUGCGUUUUCUUUUGAUGGAGCAGUUUGGGACAGAAUUGGCUUAAGACUCCGGGACGCAGCUACUUGCUCGGAUACUGUAGUGCAAAGGCUUUCAGGGCCGUGGAGAACUGUUUUUGAGACUCUAGAGAAACAUACUGGCUCGGCAGCAUCGGUACAAUCUGCGGCGCCUCCAUCUUCAGCGACCUUAAACAAUCGGCGGGAUGGCUCAGACAAUCCUCUGGAUCGCGGGCCCAGGAACCUGGAGAAAGAACCCGAUCCCUCUCCUGCUGACAAAACAGCUGCUAAACUUUUACCUGUUUGGCGCAAAAUAUCGGAAACGCUCACAAAAAUUCGACGAGGAAGGGCAAAUUCUUCCGACCAUUCCCCUCGCACUCCUCGCCACCCCGCCGCCGCCUCUCGGUGCGGGAAGCAGCUCCGGUCGGAUCCCAUUCGCGACUUCAAUCCCUCCUCCGGCCGGGGAGAAGGAAAAUGGCGGCCCCCGGAGAGCGGCGCCGCCGCCGCUGCUGGUAGGCGCCGGCAGCCCCGCGGCCGCGGUCCGCUCUGGAUUGUCGCUGCCCCAUGGCUGCCCACCGCUCCCCCCCCAGUGCUCGCCGCGACGCAGUCAUGAAAUUGAAUUCACGAGUCUGCUUCAGGUCACUUAAGCCCAGAAAUUUCCUAAUAAAGAGGCCCCCGGUACUGGGAGUCUGUUCAACGUACUGUAAAGGAUGGGCAAUCCGUGCAGGGAAACGGGCGUCAGAGCGCACGGUGGAGGUGCGUGAUGACACAAGGAGCCCCAACGCAGACAUCAACAUCACAACUGAUUCCAACAUCCCAACUGAUUCCAACAUCCCCCAUUUAUACGCCAGGACCCGUAGCAGCACGGGAGUGGACCCGGCCACCUCCAAACCAGUAACCCUGAUUCCAAGGGAUUUUGGACACAGGCUCUGAUGAGGCUGUGAUUGAUCAUGGCGCCUGGCUCACUACUGACUUAAAAGACUGCUUUUUCAACAUCCCCCUGGAUCCCAGUGAUGCUCUUCAGCUUGCUUUUUAUGUCAUUUCUGUAAAUGUGUCAGCACCAACCAAGUGCUAUCAUUGGAUGGUAUUACCUCAUGACAUGAAAAACAGCGCCGUGAUCUCUCAAUGGUUUGUUACCAGAGCCUUAACCCCUGAGGGGCAAAAACUGUUUAAUGCUGUUUUUUAUCAUUACAUGGAUGACAUUCUUGUGGCAACCAAGUCGACAGAAGAAAUGUGAUAUGCCAUGGCUGUAGUCAUUGACAGCAUAAGAAGCUGUGAUUUAGAGGUAGCUCCAGAAAGGGUCCAGAAGAGUUCACCAUGGAAGUAUUUGGGAUGGUGAAUUACAAAUUCAGACUAUUGCUCCAAUGCCUUAAACUGGAUUUGGACAUUCGAACUCUAAAUGAUAUGCAAAGGCUGUUAGGGACUAUAAAUUGGAUCAAGCCUUUGCUGGGAAUAUCUAAUAAAACCCUUUUCCCAUUAUUUCCUGUUAUUAAAGGGGAAUCUAGCUUUAAAUUCCAAAAGAUCACUGACACCUGUAGUGCAGCAAGCUUUGCAGGUUGCCUCAACUAUGUCGCAGUGACAAGCUCAGCGAUAUGACCCUGCUCUACCCUUCCACUUAAUGGUACUGAAUCCAGAUUUUCAGGAGAGCCAAAAUGUUCCUUGGUAUCCUUAGGCACCUUGACUGUAUUCAAAGAUGGGUCAGGGAGAACAGGUCAGUCGGUAAUUGUAUUUAGACAAUAAAAGGCUCUCCAUAAAUUGUAGAAUUACCUGCAGUUGUAAGAGUAUUUCAAAAAUGGUCCAGUCUAAUUAACAUCGUCACUGAUUCAGCGUAUGUUAAGGCUGACUGACAAGAAUAGAACGAUCAUAUCUAAGAGACAUUUCUAACUAACAACUGUUCAUGCUGCUGUAUUGUCUUUGUGUCUCACCACGGGAACCAUAUUUUAUAACACACAUCCAAUCACAUACCAUUUUGCCAGGACCUUUAACAGAAGGAAAUAAAUAAGCGGAUCAGUUAGCUGGUAUUCCUGUUCUUCCUAGGUUCAUUUGAACAGGCUUGACUGUCACCUGCCUUUUUUUCACCAGAUGCUAAGGCGCUGCAAAAGUCUUAUGGCCUUAGCUUGGCUCAGGCAUGACAGAUAAUUACAGUAUGCCCUGAUUGCCAACAGAUGACAACUCCUCUAUUGCACGGGGUUAAUCUCCAAGGUCUAACAGCUCUGGAAUUAUGGCAGACAGAGGUCACACACAUCCCUGAAUUCAGAAGACUUAAAUAUGUCCACGUCUCCGUGGAUACCUUUUCCAGAGCCAUCGCAGUGGCAGCAGAUACUGGGGAAAAGGCCUGCAACAUCUGCAAACAUUUUCUUUUGGCCUUUGCAAUUCUUGGGGUACCAAAAACUAUUAAGACAGAAAAUGGUCUGGGAGAUGUAUCUCAGAAAGUAUUACAGUUUCUACAAUCGUGGGGAAUUAAACAUCUCACUGGGUGACAUCACACUCACCUACCUACAGGACAAGCCAUAGUUGAGUGUACCCACAGCACCCUUAAGGCUAUGCUACUUAAGCAAAAAGAGGGAAUGGAGAAGGCACUUCCAGCAGAAAGUCUUGCUAAAGCUAUAUAUGUAUUGGACUUUUUAAAUCAAUGGUGUGAUGAUGGAGGACCACUGAUAGCCCAUCAUUUUGUUUCAGUAAACAAGGAAAGAAUGAAUAUUCAUGGAAAAGCUACUGUAAAGUAGUAAAGAAUCUGGAAUCAGGUCAAUGUGAAAUGUGAAAGAAUCAGUUCCCACUGAUAACUUGGGGGAGAGGUUAUGUUUUUA